AUGACCAAGAGACCACAAGAUACGUCGGACGGGGUUCCAACAAAAAAGUUGGAUACCUCUUUCACCUCAGAAGACAUACACACCUUCUUUAAUGGGAAAAUCUGGAGUGAAAAAUUUCAGGAUGAGAUGACGAAAGAGAUUGAAGACAGUCAGCCCUAUAGAUGGGGAACGAUUCGAGAUCUUAUGGAUGAUACAUUGUUGAGAAAUGUGAGGAGCGAGGUUUUGAGCGAAAUUGCAUUCACCAAAAAGGAAACUGAUAUCUACAAGGUUUUUCAGUCGGGAGAUCUUGCCAACUUGUCUGGUUUGAACUGGGAUGAUCUUUCUAGGUUGCCAUCCUUGUACAAGUUGAGAGCUGCUAUCUACUCUGAGCAGUUUAGAGAUGUAGUGUCUAAAGUUACAGGCUGUGGUAAGUUGAGUGGGGUGAAGACGGAUAUGUCAAUCAAUACUUAUACCAAGGGCUGUCAUUUGUUAACCCAUGACGAUGUCAUUGGCUCGAGAAGAGUCAGUUUCAUCUUGUACUUGCCUGACCCAGAUAGAACCUGGAAGCCUCAAUAUGGGGGAGGUUUGCGCUUGUUUCCAGCAAUUGUGAACAAUGUUCCAGAAACCGACUUUCAAGUUAAACUUGUUCCACAAUUCAACCAAAUUGCAUUCUUCACAGUUCAACCUGGCAGAUCCUUCCACGAUGUUGAAGAAGUUAGAGUGGAUAAACAGAGAUUGUCCAUUCAAGGUUGGUUCCACAUUCCACAAUCCGGCGAGCCUGGUUUUGUUCCAGGAGAACAGGAAGAAACAGAAUCAAGAUCAACUUUGCAACAGUUGCAGAGCAAGGAAUUGCAAGAAUACGAUUUCCCUAAACCUUACAGAAGAGAUAUUCCUGUUGAAGAAGCAAAAAUUUACGAAGAUGAAACCUCCGAAUUUUCGGAAAUAGAAUUGGAUUACUUGAAAGAAUACAUCAAUCCUUUGUACUUCCAGAAGACUAAUUUGGAAAGUUUGAGUAAACUAUUUGCCGAAGAAUCUGUUGUUGAAAUUAAGGAUAUACUUAAGACGGAGUAUGCUAAUGAAUUGAGGGAUUUGAUCAAGAACACAGAAUUGAAUACAAGUGUACCACAGAAUUCCAAACAAGUACAUCACCCUUGGAAAUGUGCAAUUCCACCUCACAAGCAAAGAUUUAUGUACAUGGAUGGAACAAAGCAUUUUGAUAUAACUGAGAAAUCCAUUAAAUUCGUGAACCUGGUUGGACCACAAGAAGCACCAAACUUCGGAGUAUUGAACUUAGAAAGUGAAACCGACAAAAAAUUAGCAGACUUGGCAUCAUUCUUGAAAUCUGUUGUAUUUAAGAAGUGGUUAAAGUUUGUCACAGGAUUGAUUGUUACCAGUGAACAAGUAUUGGUGAGAAGAUUUAGACCUGGUCAAGAUUUUAUCCUCGCAACUACUACUGACAAGAAGAUUACUCGUAAUGAUGACGAAUUGAAUGCCUUGCUCGAGGCCACCUUGAACUUGACUCCAAGCUCCAUCAAUCCUAAGAAUUGGGAAUCUGGUGAAUUUGGUGGAUACGAGUUGUGUAUGGCUCUACAGAAGAAUGGCGACAACGACGGUGAAUUCGAAGAAGAUGAUGAUCCUGCUAUCUACCGUGCCAACGAUCCUAACGAUGAUAGUGUUCUAUACACUAGCCAAUGUAAGUGGAACUCCUUGACGUUGAUUUUGAGAGAUCCUACGGUCUUGAAGUUCAUUAAGUAUGUGAGCAUUAAUGCUAAGGGAUCUAGAUGGGAUAUCAGCUGUCAAUGGAAUGUUAAGGACAGUUAUGAGGAUGAAGACGACAAGGAGCAAGACGAAUAGCAGAUCGAAAAUGAAAGAACUGAAAGGAUAUGAUUUGAAUGUAUAUAAAAGGCUGUUGAAGCCAUGAUUUAGAAUAAUAGUUAUGCACCUGGGUUUUUGGGUGCAAAAUUCGUU